AUGGCUCGGCUUCAUCUCACUUUCUACAUCAAUGUAUUUUUUCUGGUGUCUCAUGUUCUCCACUACAUCACCUGCCAACAGUGUGAGACCGACCAUUACUCUAUUUAUCAAAGGAUGCUUCAAGGUUACACCUUUAAGGCGUUGAAGAUGCAAUCAGGUUCCCUGGAAUGUAGACAAGCGUGCCUCGCUGAUAUCAGAUGUCAAAGCUAUAACGUCGUGUUCAAAGGGAUAUGUGAGUUAAAUAACAGAACUAAGGAGGCCAGACCAGAGAAUUUUGUUAAAGACCUGGGCAGGUACUACAAACAGAGAGAUUUUAAAAGAGGUAAAAACCAAAACGAAUUGAAGCAUUUCUUUGAAGCUGAUGUCAAAGCUGAUGUCCCAUUCAUUAAAGUCUGGAUAUUAUUUCGAUUGUAAAUAGAAUUAAAGAAAUGAUAAGUUAUGAGCUCGGUAAAGAAAUGGAGAAAGAUGCUUGUCACGAGCGUGAGAAGAAGAAAAAAUUCUGACGUAAUAGACCUCGCUCUCUGUCGGCUAAGCGGUAGAGCAUCGGAGCGCGGAAUUCGAAGGUCUUAGGAUCGAUUCCUGAUGGGGACUCAGAAUUUUUUGUAUGUCCCACGCUCGUGACAAGACGAAAAACAUCUUUCUCCAUUUUGAUUGUUCCAGUUGUCACAAGUAGUUAGUAAGAAUCGUGUCUUUUUGGUUAUUCAGGGUCUUUGCCGUGUAAAAAAGUUUAAAAAAAUGUAAAAUUUUCGGUAAAACUAGUUACCUGGUCAAACAAUAAGAGACGAUAAAUCUCUCCCACAGGUAACUCCGUUUUCAGACAACAAAAUCUGUCGCUGUGACAAAAAACUGAAAAGUAUCGGUUCUCUUGGGGAAGAUUAGGAAGGACGUAUUGUUACCUCGGAUGAGUUGCGCCUGAAAAACUAGGAUGCGUUUUCUGUUAAAACUCAUGGGCAUAGAGAACGACGAUCUGGCUUCCAAGGCCCUCGUUGCUAAUUUCCAGCGGAACAGUUGCUCGAGGCUUAGAUCAAAUUCAACAUUUAAUUUUGACAAAUAAUUUGCAAGCAAAACAAAUGAUAUAAGGAAAACACCAACCGAGACACGAGUGAUUAUGAUUCGAACCAAAACCUCGUGAUGGCUGAUGACCAAAAAGGAUCAUGAAGCUUACCUUAACAACACCGAAAGACCUUUUCAUUUGUAAAUUACCCGCAAGAAAACAAAUCGAAAACAACUCGUUUAUUUAACCAGUCUAUCUCGAUUUGCCCCAGCUCCUCUCGGAUCCAUUCGUGAGCUGCCAGCUAUAUCAUGCAAAGAAAUCAAGGCGAGCGAGGGAGGACAAGCGGUCAGUGGUUAUUAUUGGUUGGAUUUAAUCAGAUCUGGAGACUCUGUUUUAACUUACUGUGACAUGGUAAAAGAAGGUGAGAAAGAAAUUAGACCACCUGGGUUCUCGCUCACAUUUUUUUUUCAUCAACAUUAUAUUCUGUUGUUUUCGCUUACCGUAGUUUACACUUUGCGCAGGAGUCCUGCUUUGUGAUAUUUUCCUCCCAAUUUUCUUAUUUUAGAAUUUUUUUUGUACAAAUUUCAUCGCUGAUAUAUCUUAUUCACGUUUUAAUUUUUGCAAGGUCAACUUCGGUUAUGUUUCAAGUUCUCCCGUUUUUUCGUCCAUAUCGAGUUCAAUUGCUGAAGCUUUUGUAAAUGCCUUUACUUUUUCUAUUCUUUUUCCUUUUGUAUUAUAUCGUUUCUGUUAUCUUUCAAUUUGAGUCGCUCGGUAACUCGUCAUUAAAAGUUUUUUUUUGUUUGUUUUUUUUUUUUAAGGAAGGCCAAAAUCAAAGCUAUAUCGUUUGAAACAGUACAUUUAUCGAGUUGAAACAAAUUACAGCUUUUCGCUUUAAAACUUCAUUUUCCUAUUUAUACCCGACAAGCAUUAACAGAAACAAGACUGAAGCUCUGUGGGAUUCUUAUCAUGCGCUAUAUCUUUUGAAAAAGUUGCAGACCAAUGCUUCAAACAUCUGUGUCAGAACAACGCAACCUGUAUAGAAGGUCACGUGAAUUACACGUGUGCAUGUGAUUCAUCGGGAUGGAGUGGAACCUACUGUGAAAAAGGUAGAAUCUGA